CUCUGCAGGCCCAAGAUGGCGGCGCCCGGCGGGGCGGGCGCGGCGCCGAUGGCGAUGGCGAUGCCGAUCGCGGCCCCCAUGCUGCUCCCGGAGCCGCCGCCCUUCCCGGCAUGGCUGGCAGCGCGCCUGGACGCGCUGGGGCUGGACCGAGCCGUGUACGGCGCCUACAUCGAGGGGCUGCUGCGGGAGGAGGAGAGCGAUGAGGAGCGGCUGGAGGCGCUGCGGGCCGUGCUGGCCGCCUGCCUGGAAGAAGAUCUCUUGAAUGAUGUGUGCAGGGAGGUUGUGGAGAGGUGGUCUGACUCCCAGGUCGUUGAUUCCAAAGAGGAGAAAGAAGAUGAGGUCCAGGCCAUUGCCAGCAUGAUGGAGAAGCAGGCCAGGAUAGUGGUGAAGCCCAAGGAGGUGUCCCAGGAGGAGAAGCAGAGGAAGGCUGCGCUCCUGGCCCAGUAUGCCAACGUGACUGACGAGGAGGAUGGUGGGGAUGAACAGGAUGGAUUGACAACAGCUGUAAAUAUUGGAUCAGAAAAAUGUAUCCUUUCAAUUCCUGGUGACUCAGGCUUGCCUCCAUGGCAGUGUCACAGGUGCCCUCAGGCAGAGCAUUGUGAGCCCUUAGCCCUGCCCAGCAUUGUUCAGAAACACCAACGUGGAGGAUGUGCUGAAUGCCAGGAAACUGGAGCGGGAGCUGCUGAGGGAUGAGUUCCAGAAGAAGAAAGAGCAGGAUAAACUGCAGAGGGAGAAGGACAAGCUGGCCAAGCAGGAGAGGAAGGAGAAGGAGAAGAAACGAACACAGAAAGGGGAGCGGAAACGGUAGCUGGUGAUUUCCAGUUGGACUCUGAAAGGAUAAAAUUAAUUCUGAAUAUGGUGUGUGUUUAAAAAGCAGCAAGAAUUCCAGGCACGUGGCUGGGAGCAGGUCUUGGAAAGUGGUGCCUUUUUUUCCUUUUUGUUUUGUUUUGUUACUUAGCAGAACAGAAUCUCUGAGCAGCUCCUGGACUCAGUGUGCCCUGUGCUUGUGGUAUCAGUGCUUGUGUACCAAAGAAGGGUGAAGUGAUUAUGUCUGUCUUGUUAAAUUGAUCCAUUUUUACUUCUGACCACCUGGCAGCAGAGCAUGGUGUAGGAGCAGCCCCUGCACUGGCUGUGGUUUGAGGUUUGAGCAGGACAUGCUGCUCCAGGGCACACACAUGAAUUCAUUGCCACAAGCCUUGAAAAAUGUCUUUGCAAAUCCCUGUUUGCACUGCUGAGGCCAACACUGCAGCCCUGCUCAGGCUGGGCUGGAGCUGAGAUGUGUGAAACAGCUGAGCUGCAGGGAUGUGACUGUGGAUGAGGGAAACACCACCCAGGCAGGAGCAUUGGCCUCAGCAGCAGCAAACCCCACUGCUGACACAGUUUUAGGGCUCCAGAGAGUGGAAAAUGUUACUCCCUGAUGUUCUGUGGGGUGAACAUGGACUGUUACUUCUACAGCUGUUGCCAGGGUGAAGCUCUGAAGCUGGGUGAGCCAGGGGUGCCCUGGGGUCACUGCUGGGCACAGCUGUGUCCUGGAUGCUCCUCCUCCCCCCAAAGGGCUCAUCCCUGCUGCUCCAGCCUUGUUGUGGUGGUGUUGCCACUGGGGAAGGAGAACACCAACCCUGUGAGCUCAGGGGGAAGGAGGGGCUGAGCUCUGUGCUGUUUGUGUGGGGUGACCUGUGCUGAGCUCCUGCCCUCCCAGCAUGCCUGACUCCAGGGCCAGGCCUCCCCCUCAAGCUGCUGCUGUGUGUGUGUGUGUGAGUCUCCAGCUGCUUUAUCUUUGGACUUGAAUAAUAAAUCUUGAUUGGCAAAGAAGUGA